AAAUGAAAAUCAUCAUCACAAUCAAACAUCAUCGAUAAAAAUGGAUAUGGAAUAUCAACAGCAGCAACAACAACAACAACAACAUCAUAUUCAUCAACCAACACGACCGCAUCCAUUUAUGAUUACAAACAAUGGUAGUAAUCAAAUUCUACCAGUACCUACAGCAACAACACCAUCAUCAACAGAUAUUCAUCAACAACAUUUAAACGGUAGAUAUCAUCUUCUUCAUCAUCGACAUCAACAUCAACAUUCAACACCAGCAAAUGCUUAUUAUUAUCAUCAUCAUCAAGAUCCGAAUACGAUGGCAACAUCAACAUCAUCGGUAGCUGGAUCGGCUACAACUACUUUACAACCACCGCCACCCCAACCUCCGCAAUCAUUAUCACCACAACCACCACCACCAUCAAUAACUCAACCACCGCAAUCAACUACACCACAAUCAUCAAUUUCAGAAUGUGAAAAUGAAUUCAUUUAUGAAUCAUCAUCGUCAUCAUCAUCAGCAUCAUCAUCGAUAUCCAAUUCAAAUUACGAUAAUAUUACUAAUUAUCCAUCAAUGUCAACUAAACAAUUGAAUCAUACGGCAUAUCAUUCACAGCAGCAACAGCAACAACAACAACACGAACAACAUUCAAAUGGAUAUCAUCAUCACCAUCAUCAUCAUCAUCAUGACCAUCAUCAUCAUCAUGAUCAUCAUCAUCAUCAACAAGAACAACAACAGGAAAUGGCCGAAUAUCAUGAUAUGUGGCAAGAUAUUGAAAGCGUUCUUUUAUUGGGACAACAACAUCAACAGCAGCAACAACAACAGCAGCAGGCACCACCUCCACCUCCUCCUCCUAAUCAACAACCACCACCACCACCACCAUCAUCAUCAUCAUCAUCAACAGCAUCACAGCCACAACAACAGGAUCAAAUUACAUCGUCAACAUCGAAUGACCAUCAUCAUCAUCAUCACCAUCAUCAUCAUCAUCAUGAUAAUAAUAAUCAACAGCAAUUACCUACGUCAACAAAUAGCCAAUGUAUGAACAAUAAUAAUAAUAAUAAUAAUAAUAACUGUUCAAAUGGACAAGAUUCAUUGAAAAAUAAUAAUAAUAAUGAUGAAACAUUAUUGAAUGGACAAACAGUUCCAACACAAAUUAAUAAUACUGAUAAAAAUGGCGAUAUAAUAAAAUCAAUAAAUCAAACAAAUUCAUUGAAAACCAAAGAAUUAGAUUUAUCCGAAAUGAUUAUCAAUGAAUAUGGUGGACAUUUUUAUGAAAGAAUCAAUACUACAACCGCUAAUAAUACAAUUAGCGCUGAUGUUAUUAAUAAUGAUAGUGGUGUUGUUGAUGAUAAUGAUGAUAAUCAUCGAUCAAUUCGAUAUGAAUCACAAUCAACAAGUCAAAGAUGUUCAACAAUGGUUAAUCCAGUAACAUCAUCCAUUCAAUCAAUAUUACCGGUACCGUCUUCAUCAUAUUCAUUAACGGCGGCUACUAAUACAACAUCAUUAACCGAACUUAUGCCUUCAGUCACUUUAUCACCUAAUUCGAUUAUUUCAUCUUCCUCUUCUUCUUCAUCAUCAUCAUCGUCGUCUUCAUCACCACCAAUGAAUAAUGGAUCAAUGAUUAAUUCUAUAAAGAAAGGAAAUCAACAAUUUCCUAGCACAAACAAUACAAUGUCAUCAUUAUCAUCAUCAGUAACAGCAGUCAAUGGUGGUCAACAACGAUCACAUCUAAAAGAUCAAAUGCCAAUAUUACAUCAACAAUUAUCCAGUAAAUUUGUUGGCACAACAAACACACCAAUUUUAUCACAUCAACAGAUUAAUAACAACAACAACAACAAUCAGGCAUCAUAUCCAAAAUUAUUAUCUAAUGGACCAACAUCAGCAUCUUGGAAUGAUACUAAUAAUAAUACUGGAGAAAAUCAAAUCGAUAAUUGUUAUUAUUCAAAUACAAAUUAUAAUAAUAAUGGUGGUAGUAGUUUUUGUCAUACAAACGGUACAGAUGUUCAUCAUAAUGGUUAUCAUCAUCCACGAUUCAAUCAAACUGUUCAAUCAUUAUCGGUAAUGUCACCGCCUGCAUCACCUGGUGAUCAAAAAUCAUUUAUACAAUUGAUAAAUAAGCAACAAAAAUCAAAUUCCGAAUCUAAUCAAAACUAUCAAUUUAUGGCAACAUCUCCAUGGUCAAUGCCAAAUGGUCAACAACAACAACAACAUACAGCGGAUAUUAUUCAAAAUGGUGGAAAUAUUCAACAAUCACCAUCAACAAUACUUACACUUCAAACCAAUCAAUCGAUCUCACAAUCACCGAAUAAUCGUAUAAUUACAAAUUAUGAUUGUAAAGAAGAACUUAUCUGUAAUGGUCAAUUAAUGCAACAAUCAUUAAAUCAUAAUCAUCUAAGUCAACAACAUCAACAAAAUAAAUCACAAACCAAUAGCAAUAAUAAUAAUAAUAAUAGUAAUUUUAGACAGAAAAAAGUAACAACACAUACUUGUUCACAUCCUGGAUGUACUAAAACCUAUACAAAAAGUUCACAUCUAAAAGCACAUUUACGUACACAUACCGGUGAAAAACCAUAUCAAUGUAGUUGGAAAGGUUGUGGAUGGAAAUUUGCUCGUUCGGAUGAAUUAACUAGACAUUUUCGUAAACAUACUGGUGAUCGACCAUUUCAAUGUCAACUUUGUGAACGAGCUUUUUCACGAUCUGAUCAUUUGGCUUUACAUAUGAAACGACAUGCGGCUGUUUAAUUUUUUUAUUUUCACAAAUACUUAAUUAUCUAAUUGAUCAAUGGAUUUUUUUUUAUUUUCACACUUUGAAUGUUCACGCCUGUCUGAUUCAAUCUUGUCAAACAUGAUGAUGGUUAAUCUCUUAUCAACAUUAUUGAU